AUGUGACCCCAACCCCGCCUCCCUCCGCACCCCAUGAUGUCAGAAAAAACACGACAGGGAAAAUUCACCACAGCCAAGAAAAAGUUAAAAGAAUAUUGGCAGAGGAAGAGCCCUGGUGUUCCAGCAGGAGCUAACAGGGAAAAGAAAAUCAAUGGCAGUAGCCCUGACACAACCACUUCUGGUGGUUACCGCUCACCUGGGGAUUCAGCAACAGGUAUCUACAGGGAGGGCCCUGUGUCAUCUACUACCCUGAAAGAUCUACAGAGCCAGUACCAAGAACUAGCAGGAGCCCCAGACUCAAGCUCCGCAAUAAUCAGUCAACUCAGUGAAAACAUCCAUUCACUGGAAGAGUCCAGUGGCGUUCGCACAUUGAAGGAGGAGAAGAAGCAUGAGAUACAUCGGGUACAGAAGCUUGGGAGGAGCUUCUUCAAACUCAAACACCAGAGGGCUGAAUCCCGGGCCCCAGAUCCCCCAGCAGGGCCCUCUGAGGUGGAGCAGCUACAAGAUGAGACCAAACACCUAAGGAAGGCGCUAGAGAGUCUGGGAAGACAGCUCCAGGCCGAGGUGGAAAACAAUCAGAUGUUGAAUCUCCUGAACAGGAGACAGGAGGAGAGGCUAUGUGAGCAGGAGGAGAGGCUAUCUGGGCAGGAGGAGAAGCUACGUGAGCAGGAGGGGAGGAUACGUGAGCAGGAGGAGAGGAUACGUGAGCAGGAGGAGAAGCUACGUGAGCAGGAGGAGAGGCUAUCUGGGCAGGAGGAGAAGAUACGUGAGCAGGAGGAGAGGAUACAUGAGCAGGAGAAGAGGAUACAUGAGCAGGAUGAGAGGCUAUGGGAGCAGGAGUGGCUGCCAGAGCAGGAGAGGCUGCUGGAGGAGGUGAAGAAGCUCUUGGAACGGGAGAGACGGGAGGAGGAGGAGGAGAAGCUGCUAGAGCAUGAGAGGCUGCUGAACCAGGUAGAGAAGCUGCUGGAAGAGGAGAGGCUGUGGGAGCAGGAUGAGAGACUGCGGGAGCAGGAGAGGCUGCUGGAGCAGGUGGAGAAGCUUUUGGAACGGGAGAGGCGACAGGAGGAGCAGAAGAGGCUGCUGGAGGAGGAACAGCUGCUGGACCAAGUGGAGGAGCUGCUGGAACAGGAGAGGCUGCGGGAGCAGGAUCAGAGGCUGUGGGAGCAGGAGACACUGCGGGAGCUGGAGAGGCUGCGGGAGCUGGAGAGGAUGCUGGAGCUGGGGUGGGAAGCCCUCUACAAGCAGCAGGUGGAGCCACACGGCAGCUUUGAGGAGCUGAACAACGAGAACAAGAGUGCAUUGCAGUUGGAGCAGCAAGUAAAGGAACUGAAGAAGCUGGGUGGAGCUGAAGAACCAAGAGGCUCAGAGUCUGCAGCAGCAGGGAGACCAGUACCUGUGUCACCUGCAGCAGUAUGUGGUCGCUUAGCAGCAGGUGGCCACUUAUCAGCAGCUGACCUCUGAGAAGGAGGUGCUGCACAGGCAGUUACUGCUG